CCUUGGGGGCGCCGUUGCCCGUCUCCCUGCGCCUUUAUACUUUGCACGUGCGGUUCGGUAACGUAUUCCAAACCUGCGGGAGGUUCUGGAAACAGGUGUGCUCCCAGAACGUUUCAUUAGUCGUUUGUCUUAAACGGAGCGGCGGUUUGUUGUCACUUCCGGGCAUAGCCCUGGCCACACCGCCGCCGUCGGAGUAGGAAAAGGAGGAGAAGCUCUGGCAGCAUUGAUGCUUCGUGCGGGAAGGAUGGAGGAGUUUGUCACGGAGGAGGACGAGGAGGAACCGUGGUACGACCAGCGGGAUCUGGAGCAGGAUCUGCACUUGGCCGCGGAGCUCGGAAAGACUCUCCUGGAACGCAACAAAGAGCUGGAAGACUCUCUGCAGCACAUGUACAUCAACAAUGAGGAGCAAGUGCAUGAGAUAGAGCACCUCUCCAAGCAGCUGGAGACGUUGAGGGACAUGAACGAGCAGCACGCCAAGGUGUACGAACAGCUGGACGUGACGGCCCGAGAACUGGAGAUCACCAACGAAAAGCUGGUUCUGGAGAGCAAGACCGCGCAGCAGAAAAUAGACAGGUUGACCGGCACCAUGGAGUCUUUGCAGGGUUUGGUGGACAGCCUCACGGCUCGGGUGGAGGAGCUGAGGAUGCUGGAGGAGCUGAGGGUGCAUCGAGAAAAGAAGGAGCGCCGCAAGACCAUCCACUCGUUCCCCUGCCUGAAGGAGCUGUGCAGCGCUCCCAGGUACGAGGAUGGCUUCCUGCUGGCCAACCCGGGCAGUGUGGACCUUGUGGAGAGACAGCCUAUGGAUGAAGAAAACGAGCGCCUCAGAGACAUUGUGUCAUCCCUGCACUCUGCCAUGGCCUUGGAGCGAUCCAAGCGCGAGAGCGCUGAGCGGGAGUGCGCGGCAGUGCUGCAGGAGUUCGAGCGUCUGGAGCAGCGCCUCCUGGGAGCUGAGGGCUGCCAGCUGCGCGUCCAGGAGCUAGAAGCAGAGCUGCAGGAGAUGCAGCAGCUCAGGAAGUCCAGGGCGUCCCUGAUUGAGGACGGUUUGGAGACGCUGCUCAGCGACGGCCCUGAGAUGGACACCCCAGAGGAUGGAACGGGACUAGACCAGGGAGGCGAGGGAGAUGCAGGAGCAGCUGGACAGCAGGGAGGACCGGUGAGGAAAAGCUGCAGCGACACAGCCCUGAACGCCAUCUCUGCUCCAUCAGGAAGACGCCAGGCAGGCUACAGCCUCCACGCCAAUGGCACGCGCAAACGGGGCAUGUCUAUCCUCCGGGAAGUGGAUGAGCAGUAUCACACCCUGCUGGAGAAGUACGAGGAGCUGCUGGGGAAGUGCCGGCGGCACGAGGAGAGUCUGUGCCACGCUGGGGUGCAGACCUCUAGACCUGUCUCCAGAGACCCCUCCAUGAAGGAGUACAGCAUGAUUCCCGUGGAGCCUUCUACAUCAGGGGCCUCGGCCGCCGUCGCCACCCCUCCUACGCCCCCUCAAACCCCCUCCACUCCCGAGGCUCUGGAGGGGAUCAGCAGGCAAGUGGAACAGGUGGACAGACGGCUGAGCCAGAACACACCCGAGUACAAAGCCCUGUUCAAGGAGAUCUUCUCCCGCCUGCAGAAGACCAAGAGGGACGUGAAUUCCAGCAAGAGCAGAAAGACCAAAUAACUCAUCUGCCCAACCCUGAAUCUUUUUGUAACUUGAUAUGUAAUAAAAUAUAACUAACCUGGCUGUUGAACUGAUCCAGUCAGAUCUUGUAAAACACGUUUGUUGGCUCUGAUGCAUUUGUAGCAAGUUAAAUCCCACAGAUCAGAAGUAAAGAAGGUCCAGACACACAUCCAGGCGGAACAUUUUUAUUUGAACACAUCAGUAAACAGCUGGUAACACAGACAUUGAUUUAAACUCAGCUCACUGUGAAGGAAGUCAAAUGGACAGCACCCAUUCAUUUAUUUCUGGAGUGUUUAAUAAAACCUGGAGUUCAGGGCUGAGGUUGGUGCUUCCUUCAGUGAUGAAGAGGGAGAGCAUAAAGGCACAGUUAAUACAUCAUGAGCUGUGGUGACACACCAGACUCAAACCACUGCAAAUACAUGCCACCAGAUGUCUAAUGGUUUCUACAGACCUGAAAUAAAGAUAAUCUCAAUCCUUGGUCCUCA